AUGAGCGGGCGGAUGAAGGGCAAUCGACUAUCAGUAUCCGGGCGGACUCUUUUCAAUGGGAGCGAGGAUGCAUCGCGAAUACAGUCCGGCUUCGUCAUACAACAGGACAUUCUACUGCCCACUCUAACAGUCCGGGAGACUUUGACUUAUGCAGCUCAACUUCGUCUGCCUUCGUCCAUCAGUCAGGAGGAGAGGAAGAAGCUUGUGGAGGAGGUCAUCAUGGAGUUGAGUCUAAAGGAAGCUGCGGAUACGCGGAUAGGGAACCACGAGCAUCGCGGCUGCAGUGGUGGUGAGAAGCGACGGGUCAGCAUCGGCGUGCAGCUUUUGUCCAAUCCCAGCUUACUCUGGCUGGAUGAGCCGACCACUGGGCUUGACUCUACCAGUGCAUAUCAAAUUGUGAAGACUCUACAGAAUCUAGCGCGAAAGGGGAGAACCAUCAUUGUUACGAUACAUCAACCACGGUCGGAGAUCUUUACCCUGUUCGAUAACAUUGUUCUCCUCACAAGGGGCAAACCCGCGUAUGCGGGGAGUGCCAACGAAUGUCUGCCCUACUUCCAGAGUCUAGGACACGAGAUGCCUCCCUUCACGAAUCCUGCAGAAUUUCUCAUUGAUGUUGUGAGCGUCGACAACCGGAGCGAAGAAGCGGAGGCUGCAGCCCAGAUCCGUGUCAACCGAAUCACAGAGGCAUGGAGGGACCGCUCGUCUAAACUACAGGCCGAGAAGGAAAUGCAUGAGAAGGUGGCGGGCGUCAGGAAUUCACCAAAAGUCUCUCCGGCAAGACACAUAUCGCUUCUCCAGCAAAUCCGCGUGUUAACAUCGCGGACUUGGAUCGUCACUUUGCGCGAUCCGAUGGGCAUGUUCGGCAGUCUUGUGGAAGCGAUCGCUAUGGCUGUCAUAAUUGGUUGGAUCUUCUUACAGUUAGACGGCUCCCUCUCCGGCAUUCGGUCCCGCCAAGGUGCUCUGUAUAUUGCAUCCGCCAUGCAGGGCUACCUUAUCUUGCUCUACGAGACAUACCGCUUAACCAUUGACAUCCAUGUCUUUGACGAAGAGGCACGGCAAGGGGUGGUCGGCAUUCCAGCUUUUCUCAUAUCAAGGAGACUAGCUCGCUUGCUGAUCGAAGAUAUCCCGGUGCCGCUGAUCUUCUCGAUCAUCUUCUACUUUAUGGCUGGGUUUCGGAAAGACGGCGAAGUCUUUCUUACUUUCUUCAGUGUCAUAUUGCUAGAACAAUACAUCGCUGUCUGCUUCGCGAUGGUUUGUGUCGCGAUCUCGCGGAAUUUUGCUGGGGCAAGCUUAGUGGCAAACUUAGCGUACACACUCCAGUCUAUGGCUUGUGGUUACUUCAUCCAGUCAAACACGAUACCAAUCUACGUUCGUUGGACAAAGUGGACCGCCUAUGUGUUCUACGCAUUCGGCGCAUUGGCUGCCAACGAGUUCACGGGGCAGUUUUAUGAUUGCCCGCUCGAAGGUGGCGUAUCGAAUCCAGCAUGUAAAGAAUACACGGGUGCGUUCAUUUUGGACUCUUUAGGCUUUCCAAGAGACUGGGUCUGGCGCCCCAUCCUUGCACUCCUCGGUUUCGGUAUCGCUUUCUACUUUGGCGCUUACCUCUUGCUCAAAUUCUGGAAUGCUGAGAUCGCCAUGGCAAGAGCUAGACCCUCCAAUGUAGAUGCAUCAGCAGGCAAAGAGAAGAUGGUCGCCAGGUCUCGAGAUGAAGUACGCACAGUCACCAUUCGACUCGACGGAUACGGGCUUGAUCUCGAGAAACGUUCCAUUAGGAAGAAAACCACCAAGACGAUACUCAACCCACUCACCGCAGAGUUCCAACCGGGCACGCUAAAUGUCAUUAUGGGCCCUUCAGGGUCUGGCAAAACGACAUUGCUCAACUGCAUGGCUGGCAGACUACGGGAUGACUUAACAACGAGAUACAAAAAGUACGGAGCCAUGUCAUUCAACGGCUUGUCGCCAUCGGAAGAUGUCGUGCAUGCUAUAUGCUCGUUCGUCACGCAAGAUGACGAUGCUCUUCUUGCUUCACUUACUGUACGCGAAACAUUGCGAUACGCUGCCGGUCUACGCCUACCGAAAUUUUUGACGACGCAAGAAAAGAUGCAAAGAGCGGAAGAUAUACUUCUAAAGAUGGGUUUAAAGGACUGCGCGGACAAUCUCAUUGGGAACGAUCUGAUCAAGGGAAUCAGUGGCGGUGAAAAACGUCGCGUUACCAUCGCUGUUCAGAUUCUCACGGAGCCUCGCGUUCUCCUUCUUGAUGAACCGUUAUCCGGCCUGGAUGCUUUCACCGCGCUCUCCAUAAUGGACGUUCUUCAAGGUCUCGCCAGCGAAGGCCGCACACUCAUUGUAACAAUUCAUCAGCCACGAUCAGAUAUCUUUGCGCAUUUCGGCAGCAUUCUUCUCUUAGCUCGUGGAGGCCAUCCUGUCUAUGCAGGCCCAUCCGGAGAGAUGUUGUCCCACUUCACCAAACAGGGGUACCAAUGCCCCCAGCACAUCAACCCUGCCGAUUUUGCACUGGAUCUUAUUACUGUCGAUCUCCAACACGAGUCGCGUGAAGCUGCCAGUCGGGCCAAAGUGAGGGGGCUGAUCCAGUCUUGGACACCAGAUUUAUUCCCGAUCGCUCGGACAGGAUCAAUCACUACACCAGCAGAACUUGGAAGCUUGGUACGAGCGCCGUCCUCGUUCACGAAUGCGGUAUCGAUCCUUCUGAGGAGAGCGACCAAAAACUUCUUCCGACAGCCUGAUCUGCUAUCUGCGCGUAUCGGCCAGGUUGCUGGUCUAGCCAUUGUGCUUGCUUUGUUCUUCGCACCAUUGAAGAACAACUACUUCGCAGUGCAGAACCGCCUCGGCUUCCUCGUCGAGAUUGCCCCCCUGUACUUUGUCGGCAUGCUCAACAACAUCGCUGUGUAUCCACUCGAGCGCGACGUGUUCUACCGCGACUAUGCCGAUCGUGUGUACAAUGUCGAGGCGUUCUUCCUGACCUACACUGUCCUAGAAAUUCCAUUCGAGAUCAUAAGUUGCAUCCUCUUCUCUUGUCUCGCCGUCCUCGCGUGCGGCCUGCAGCGCGACGCCCAAACCUUCUUUAUAAUCACGUACAACGCUUUCUGCAUUGUCAACUGUGGUGAAUCUCUGGGCAUUACAUUCAACACGCUGUUUACCCACACUGGCUUCAGCGUGAAUUGCAUGAGUGUGUUCCUCAGCGUAGCACAGAUCAUGGGUGGUGUCAUGUCCCUCAACAUUCCUGGUUUCUUGCAGGCUUUUAACCACCUAUCACCUAUCAAAUGGGCAAUGGGAAAUAUGGCACCAUAUACACUGCGCGGAGUCCAGUUCACGUGCGAUGAGUACCAGGAGAUCAACGGACGCUGUCCUAUUACUACAGGGGAGGACGCACUCGCACUGUACAAACUCAACAAAGAUCCCGAAAUUUACAUCAUGGCAUUGGGUGUGUGCACUAUCGUGUACAGACUCAUCGCAUACGUGAUACUGAAAUGUGUGAAAGAGAGAUGGGUUGGAAGGGCAUGGAGGAAGAUGAGCGGAGCACGCUUGCUGAAAGAAGAAACACUGCAGCCAUCGGGAGCGACGGAGGAGGCAAUGCUAAGAUAGGAAAUUGUAAAC